AUGCACGCGAAAAUUAACUUUACUUACGAGUUAGAAAAUGGGAGGACAUUGCCAUUUCUGGACGUGAAGAUUUUGGUUUGUGCUGAUGGCUCUCUAGGACACUCGGUUUACAGGAAAUCGACUCACACUGACCGAUAUUUACAAGCUGAUUCUCACCACCAUCCCAGACAACUAAACUCUGUAGUCACCUCACUCACCAACCGCGCAUAUGAUUUAUGCGACGAGGAACAUCUACAGGAGGAGCUGACACAUGUGAUGAAGGUGCUGCAGAGUAACGGAUAUAGGAUUGCAAAGCACAAGAAGAAACCCACUAAUAGACAUCGGAGGUGCGAGGUUGAGAGGCAACCAGCAUUUAUGCCAUAUGUGAAGGAGUGA